AUGAAUUCAGAUGUAAACAGAGAUGGAAUAGACCCUUUAUCAUACACUAUCAAACAAGAGGCCAAAGAUGUGGAUGAUGUUCAUAUGUCAGAGUUUGUUGACUGUAGUAAAUUUUGUAUUGCAACAAUUGACAUAAAAAAGGAACCAACAUCAGUUGACAUAAAAAAGGAACCAGGAACUUUUGAUUCUAGUGAUAAUGAAAUGGAAAGUAUGUAUAUUGGUGCACAGAAUGAUAAUUCAGGUUAUUGUAAUGAUAAAAGUGGAGAGGAAGGAAUUGGUUCACCAAUGGCUGGUGAAGGUGAAACAGCUCUUAGAUGUGAUAUUUGUGCAAACACAUUUCCAAAUGAAGAUACCCUCAUAAUGCACUUGAAAAUUCACAUAGGGGAGAAGCCUUAUACCUGCCAAGAAUGUGGUAAGGGAUUUAUUUUGAAUGAUACUCUUCAGAUGCAUUUGAGAAUCCAUACUGGAGAUAGAUUGUAUACGUGCAAAGAAUGUGGUGAGAGAUUUAAUUCAAACGAGACCCUGGAAAAUCACAUGAGAAUUCACACUGGUGAGAGAGCAUUUUUAUGUAAGGAAUGUGGGAAGACUUUUAAUUCAAAUGUGACGCUCAAGAAUCACCUGAAAAUUCAUGCAGGCCAUAGACCAUACACGUGCCACCAGUGUGAUAAGUCGUUUCAGCGAGAAGAACAUUUGAAGGACCACAUGAGAAUUCAUACUGGUGAGAGACCAUUUGUUUGCAAUGAAUGUGGGAAGACUUUUAGCCAGAAUGGGAAUCUCAAGAAUCACAUGAAAAUUCACACUGGAGAGAGACCAUUUCCAUGCAAGGAGUGUGGCAAAUCGUUUUUCAGGGGAGCACAUCUCAAUGAGCAUAUGAGAACUCACACAGGUGAGAAAUUAUAUGAAUGCACAGAGUGUGGAAGGGCUUUUAGUGAUAGGGGUAAACUCACAGUUCACAUGAGAAUUCACACUGGAGAAAGACCAUUUGAAUGCAGCCAUUGUAGAAAAACCUUCAAUCAAAGUGGCACUCUCAAGAAUCACUUGAAAAUUCAUUUAGGAGAAAAACCAUAUGAAUGUAUUGAAUGUGGAAAGUCAUUUAGUGAAAGUGGAAGUCUUAAAAAUCACAUGAGAAUUCAUACGGGCGAGAGACCUUUUAAUUGCAAUGAUUGUGGAAAAACAUUUAGUGAAAGGUCAACUCUCAAGAAACACAUAAGAAUACACACUGGAGAAAAACCUUUCACGUGUUCUGAAUGUGGAAGGACUUUUAGUCAGAGUGGAAAUCUCAAAAAUCACAUGAAAGUUCACACAGGAGAAAAGCCAUUUUCAUGUGAUGAGUGUGGAAAGACAUGUAGUGAAAGAGGCGCUCUUAAGAAGCAUAUGAAAGUUCACAAACUUCCUAUGUAG